AUCAGCUUCAUCAACGAGGUAGCUGAGAACGUCGCAGUUAAUACCAGCAGUCCAAGCAGUGGCUUGAUCGUAUUUUGCGGGACGUCUCUGUCCCCUUCCAAAAGCAUCAGCGCUUUUGCCAUCGGUGCUUGCCUCGAGGCCAAAAUGCCACCCCCCAGAGACUCGUCACUGAAGCGCCGUCUCAGCCUCAAGGCGGAAGGCCUAUCGAACCCAUCCGUGGGAGCAGGCAUGUAUGCAAGGAGGAAUGACGCCAAGCAGGCUGGCGUGGGCGCUGUCAAUCAUUCGGCCAGUGAACCUAGCUUCUUUGCCGACCCUUUCAGUAAUGGCGUUGUGAACCACUUGGCUGAUGCCUCCGCCAACGGCGAUCCGCAGGCCACCUCUGGGCUGCAUGGUACAGACUCGGUGGGCCAUCCCCUGCAAGCGGGCGCGCCCCCGGACGCAAGUGGUCCCUUUGGCCUCCAUCCGAACGAGAUCUCGCGCCAGAUUCAUUCGUCUGCCAGCUACUCUGAAGCGAGCGGCUAUGAGCACCAUCCGCUGCCUGGCUCUGCACACAGCUACGUUGGUUCGCCACCGACUUCGAACGGCCACCACAUGGCUUCCUUCAGCGGCCCGUCAGGCGGCUAUGCGCCGCCACAGUAUGGCGCGCCGCAUAUGCCGGCACACAUCCUGCACCGCGCCUCGAUUUCUGGUCCGAUUAUGCAGCAUGGCUCAUAUGGCGGGCCCACUGCUGCUGCGGUCACUACGGCCGGCUUGGCAUCCGGUGCGCAUGCUGGCGGAUCGAUCACAGCGCCACCGAUGGCGGGCGACACGGCGGCAUGGGCGCAUGCACACGGCGCGCCGCGACCCCACACGGCUGACGGCAUGUUUGGCUCGUUUGGGUUUGGCGCGAAUGGGUAUGCACCAGCGAGCACAGAGGGCAGUGCAGCGGCAGAGAGCGAAGUUAGUUACGCAAGAGGUGACCAUUCACAGCAUUUGGUAAGCGCACAGCCCCUUUCCACAGGCCUUGUGAUGUGUAGGCUGACUGUAUGCGCUCGUCUUUACCCCUAUAUGCGUAGCUCUUCAACUACCCUUCUCAAGCUGGUGCACGUCCGCACGAUGGGCUAGCCAAUGGCAGUGCCGAAGAGUCUUUCACAUCCAGUGUCGAUGGAGGCGGGGACGAUGGG